AUGUCUGGUGCUAAAGCUUUCAUAUUUCGUGUGUGGUAUUAUUACCUGUUGGCCACCGGCUUUUCCUCGCUGUACUUUGACUUUCGUCGCAAGCGUCUGCAAUCGCCGCGUUGGCUGUGCUACUAUCGUCUCUUCAUAAACGGCGCAUUGCUGCUGCUGCUACCCUUUUACUAUAUAAAUGGCACUGUGUACUUAGAUGAUUUCGUGGAGAAACCGCUGCUGGCGACAAUCGGGCGGUUCAAUGUUGUGGCGCAGAGCUUCGUCAUUAUCUACACAUUCAUCAUCCGCCACCACCAGGAUCAGCAAUAUUGUGGAAUCGUGCAAACUCUGCAGCAUUUGGAAAGGAUUUAUUUUGAAAAUUGGCAAGAAGCGCCCAGUGUCAAUUAUAGCAGGCUUUUCUAUCUCAAAUUCUUCACGCUUUUCUCGCAGAAUAUUACGCUUGUGUUGGGUAGCGCAACGAUAAUGGAGAAGCGUUCACUGACUCGAAUCGAUUAUCUGUUAAAUCUAUACUUUUUCAUAAUAUGGAAUACGCUGCACACAAUUAUACUCGUCUACUACCUCACACUGUUGCAUAUCGUUAGGCGCUAUGACGUGUUAAAUAUUUCUUUGCAACGGUGCUUGCGGUGGCUCAGCGCAACGCCUCCUGGCUCUAUGGUGCGGAUAACACACAACUGCUUAUGGGAAUUGCGGCGGAUAUUGCAGGUACACGGAAAGCUGCAGGCGCUUGCAGCGCAAAUGGUGAAUAUAUACCGCUUUCACAUUACCGUCAUGCUACUGAUCUUCUUCUUCAGCAGCACGGCCACUUUUUACAUUGCCUUCAUCAAUUUGCCGAAUUGGACGAACCGCAAAGUGUUUGUCAUAUUGUCCUUCGCGCUGUUCGCCAUUAAAUCGUUUGAUGUAUUUUUAUUAAAUCACUGCUGCGAAAUUUUGGUGGCGCGACACAGUGAGGCGCUGUCGUUGCUCCAGCGCCACCAGCACCGUCUGCACAUGUGUGCCGAGUACGAGCAACUGUGCACAGAUUUCGCUUUGAAUGCCGCGCUGUCGAAAUUCAGCAUCAAUAUUUAUGGCAUGUUCGAUAUGAACCACCGCGCCACGCUCGCCGUCUUACGCAACGCCGUUAUGCACGCGCUCAUACUUAUACAAUUCGAUUACAUAGUGGAUCCGGCAAAGCGACAGGCAGGUUAA